GUAUCAGGCAAGUGCGCAUACUGUUUAAGAAGAUGGAAAAAGCCUCCCUUUCGUAUCUUCAGAGUCAAUCUACUUUUUCGAAACACCUAACAGCCAUGUAUUGGAACGCUCUCAUCGCCGGUGCCGUCUUGGGGCAGACUGCCUCCGCGCAGAACAUGCUGCGGUUUGGCUGCUCGCAGCUUACUAUAGAGCGUGCUGAUCCUCUCGUUACCCCGGGCCAGGCACCUUCGCCCCAUACUCACCAGAUCAUCGGAGGGAACUCAUUCAACUUGACGAUGGAGCCAGGAAAAUUCGAUCCGCCAUCCAAAUCCACCUGCACCUCAUGCACCUACUCGGAGGAUUUCUCGAACUACUGGACGGCCUCUCUCUACUUCAAGUCGCCUGAAAACGGCACAUACCAGCGUGUUCCACAAUACGCCAACCUUGGUAUCCAGCAGAAGGGUGGCAUGACCGUCUACUACAUGCCCUACUCAGCCAAGAACAACAAGAUGACGGCCUUCAAGCCCGGUUUCCGCAUGAUUGCAGGCGACCCCAUGACCACCAAAAACAACCGUGUAUCCAUCUGCCAUCGCUGCCUCGGCAAUGGUGAGGGCUUUGCACCAUGCGACGCAAAGGACACGGGUGAACUCCCAACCAAGUACUGCCCUAAUGGUAUUCGCGCAACUGUCAUCUUCCCCAGCUGCUGGGACGGUGUCAAUGUCGACUCGCCCGACCACAAGAGCCAUGUCGCGUACUCCAACUCGGGAGGUCUUGGAUCCCAGAACUGCCCAUCUACUCACCCUGUUCCGAUCCCGCAGGUGAUGUACGAGAUUAUGUGGGAUACCGGACGCUACAAGAACAAUGCGUGGUACGGAAAUGGCAAGCAGCCGUUUGUCUACAGUUUCGGCGACAAGGUUGGCUAUGGCCAGCACGGAGACUACCUCUUUGGCUGGAAAGACGACUCCCUGCAAAAGGCCAUGGAUGCACUACCCACUGGAAAGUGCGCCAACGCCAACUGCAGCGUACUCAAGAUCCAGUCAGCACAGCAGGCCGAGCAGUGUACCAAAGCGCAGCAGGUUGUGGAGGAUGUUGGUAAAGAUGGUGCUUGGAUCAAGGAGCUUCCCGGUGGUGUUCAGGUUAGGGAGUAG